UUAGUUCGACGCCCACGAUUACACGUAAACAUAGAUUGAAAAAAAAAAGUUUGUUGGUUAUGACUAGAAUUUGUUUUCUAUUUUACCAACAUAAUAUAAUAUCUAUAAUAUUCGGUAACAGUACGAUUUUAUAGUCUAAGAGAUGUCAAUCAUAAAAUUCUAUUUAAUUUUGCCGUUAAUUUUAAAGUCCGUUUUGAGCGGCUAUGUUUAUGACGUUGAAUACAUCACAGUACCGGUAGACCAUUUUAGUUUUUCAAACGGCCAUACGUUUAACUUGAAAUACCUCAUCAACGAUACGUAUUGGAAUUCAAAAAGAGGUCCGAUUUUCUUUUAUGCCGGCGGUGAAGAUACAAUCGAAGUCUUCUGCGACAAUACGGGUUUUGUGUGGGAAAUAGCAGAGCGAUUCCAAGCGUUGGUGGUAUUUGCCGAGCACAGGUAUUAUGGAGAGUCUCUGCCUUAUGGACACGAAGAAUCAUUUAAAGGCGACCGGUUGGGCUACUUGAAUUCGCAACAAGCCCUGGCCGACUUUGUCGACUUGAUAGCGCACUUACGCGGUCCGCCCUGUCCAAAAACUGGUAAACAUUCCAACCCCGUCAUAGCUUUUGGCGGCUCGUACGGAGGCAUGCUGGCUUCCUGGUUUCGAAUGAAGUACCCCACGGUGGUCGAAGGAGCCAUUGCGUCUUCGGCCCCUAUAUGGCAGUUUACCGGGAUGACUCCCUGCAACGCGUUCUACAACGUGACCUCGAAUGUGUACACGGAUACUAGUGCAGAAUGUGGAGCAUCGAUACGGGCAUCUUGGAAAGCAAUCGAUAACGUCACCGAAUCAGACGAAGGUAAAAAGUGGUUAUCGGACAGUUGGAAAUUAUGCCAACCUCUCCAGGAGACCAGUGACGUCAUCAAGCUUAAGCUUUGGGCUUGGGAAGUGUACGUGUCGUUGGCCAUGGUCAAUUACCCCUAUCCCGCCGAUUUCUUGGCGCCUCUUCCGGGCAACCCUAUACGGGAAGUGUGCAAGUCCAUGACCGACCACAAGCAAGGCGACCGGACGUUACUCGAGUCGGUGUUCGGCGGACUGAGCGUGUACUUCAACCAUACCGGUGCGGCCGAUUGUCUAAAUUUCAGUACAGCUUACCCCGAAGAAAUGAUGAUGGGCUGGAAUUAUCAAGCCUGCACGGAAAUGAUCAUGCCACUUUGCUCUAACGGAGUCACGGACAUAUUCGAAGCGUACGGCUGGGAUUUCGAGGGUUACGCAGACUACUGUCAACAGACUUACGGUGUGAUGCCUAAGACCGAUACGGUCGAAAAGGAGUACGGCGGCAAAUAUCUCAAAGCGGCGUCCAACAUUGUAUUCAGUAACGGUUUGCUGGACCCGUGGUCAAGCGGUGGUGUUUUGCACAGUGUGUCUACUUCCGUCAGAGCUAUAGUGAUGCCGGACACCGCCCAUCAUUUGGAUCUAAGGGCGUCACACCACUUAGACCCGAAAUCCGUCAAAAAAGCUAGAAAUGAAAUUCAACGUUGGAUAAAUAAAUGGAUUUAUAAAUAUCACUGCCCCUAUUAGUGCAAAACAAUAAAAGUGUUAAGUUUUAGAAUUUGUUGCGACUCAAACUGUACAUACUAUAUAAUCAAUUUUAAGAAACACAUGAAUAAUUUAUUAUAAGGUAUAUCACUUUAAUAUUUUCAUUAUAAAUUAUAAUACCAAUUAGGAAGUCUAAGAUAUUUUGGCUUGAUUUUCGCAAUGGCUAAAAUUACAAAAAAAAAAAAAACAAAAAAAAAAGUUGGUGGGUGUCUAAAAACAAAUAGCCUUACAAGAUCAACAUUAAAUCACUACAAAAAAAAAAAAAAGAAAAAAAUACAAUUUCAAAUUAAAAAUAAUAAUAAUUAAAAUAU